CGCCGCGCCGCCCUCUGCGCCCCGCGGUGCCCCUCGGUCCCGCCCGCCAUGCCCGGCCCGGCCGCGGGCAGUAGGGCCCGGGUCUACGCCGAGGUGAACAGCCUGAGGAGCCGCGAGUACUGGGACUACGAGUCUCACGUCCCGAGCUGGGGUAAUCAAGAUGAUUACCAACUGGUUCGAAAACUUGGUCGGGGAAAAUAUAGUGAAGUAUUUGAGGCCAUUAACAUCACUAACAACGAAAGAGUGGUUGUAAAAAUUCUCAAGCCAGUGAAGAAAAAGAAGAUAAAACGAGAGGUUAAAAUUCUGGAGAAUCUUCGUGGUGGAACAAAUAUCAUUAAGCUGAUUGACACUGUAAAGGACCCUGUGUCAAAGACACCUGCUUUGGUAUUUGAAUAUAUCAAUAAUACAGAUUUUAAGCAACUCUACCAGAUCCUGACAGAUUUUGAUAUUCGGUUUUAUAUGUAUGAACUACUUAAAGCUCUGGAUUACUGCCACAGCAAGGGAAUCAUGCACAGGGAUGUGAAACCUCACAAUGUCAUGAUAGAUCACCAACAAAAAAAGAUGUAUGAUUACAGCUUGGACAUGUGGAGUUUAGGCUGUAUGUUAGCAAGCAUGAUCUUUCGCAAGGAACCCUUUUUCCAUGGGCAAGACAACUAUGACCAGCUUGUUCGCAUUGCCAAGGUUCUGGGUACAGAUGAGCUGUAUGGCUAUCUGAAGAAAUACCACAUAGAUCUAGAUCCACACUUCAACGAUAUCUUGGGACAGCAUUCAAGGAAACGCUGGGAAAACUUCAUCCAUAGUGAGAACAGACACCUUGUCAGCCCUGAGGCCCUAGACCUUCUGGACAAACUUCUGCGAUACGACCAUCAACAGAGACUGACUGCCAAAGAGGCUAUGGAGCACCCGUACUUCUACCCCGUAGUGAAGGAACAGUCCCAGCCUUGCGCAGAGAAUGCUGUACUUUCCAGUGGUCUCACAGCAGCGCGAUGAAGACUGGAAGGCGACGGGUAAUGCGGCAUUGAUGCUUGCCAAUAAAACCAACCACCAAACACAAAUCUUGAAGGAAACUACAGUGUGAUAAAGAGAAAUUCUAAUCAUUCCUUCUAAGGCAAGAAGAGUAAAGACAUAAAAGUCUGUCAAAAGAAACUCCCCAGUACUAGUCUCCAGGGAGCUGCAGUUGUGCAGUGUGAUGAUGCAUAUAGUUCAGGAUCUGAGGGGACUCUCCCUUUGGAAUGCAUGGGAGAUGAGAAACUCGGAGUUGUUGUACAUUUUUCUUCGUUUAACAGGACACCUCUGUUGAAUAACGCGUUCGGUCAACAAGCUCUGAAUAUCUGACUUCCUAUCUAUUCCAUUGUGGUCUGGUUUCCUUUGAUGAGAAUUCAGUCUCAAGUUUUAGCAAAAUGUCAGCAAUCUGUAUUGACACACCAGCCUCAUUUAUGAAAAAAGAUAUUAAAACAGUGACAGUAUUUUUUUUUUUAAGCUCUUUUACAAAUUCAUGUUCUAUGUAUUUUUUUAUGACAUGAGCUCUCCAGGAAAUGUACCUCAUCCCUGCAGUUUCCCUCUAAGUGUUUUCUUUUGGAAGCAAACUGCAGUCACUUUCACAGUCCUCUUUGCUGUCAGGAGCCAUCACGUGAAACCAUGAGAUGCCAUGAACAGGUCCAUCGGUCUCAUCAGAAAGUCCUUGCUAUGUGCACAACUUGGAGCUCACUAUAACCUCUGUUGAUUUGCUUAACUACAGAACUUGUUGGGUUUUUUUCAUUUAGCCUAUUUUUGGAGGGAAGGGGCAGCCUUUUAAGGAAAACCUCAGCAUUUCCCAGCACAUCCCUGUGUGUGCACCUGUUCUAAUGCACCUCUCUGAAACAGUGACCUUUUUGUUCACAACCAUAACUAAAGCUGGCAAGUCAGUUUUCAGGCUGGUGGAAGAGGGAAAAAGCAUCCUGUUAGGAUUCGUUCUGGAAAGAUUUACUUGGGGGAAAAGUAUCACUGCCUGUAUUCCCUUUUUACACCCAUGAUAAUUUCUGAUAUAAUCAGGGUAAUAAGCAUUUUGAGCUCUGCUAUGUGACAUAUAAGAAGGGACAGAUAAGUCAUUUCUCAAAUGCAAGUACUGAGUAUGGGCAAGGCCAUCUCAUAGCUCCAGCAGUUAGGAGAGAAACGAGACAAGAGAAAUAUGCAGGGAUUGGUGAUAAAGGUAAACCUCCGAGGGCAAGUGUGACAGCCUUGGAUCUGCUGUGCUAAACUUGACAUUAGCAAAAAAAGCUAGAUUUUAUUUUAAAAGACAGAAUAGGGCUAAUUUCAUUUUUGGGACUUGUCAACAACAUGAUUUGCUAUUAGUCUCCUUUUCCCCAGUUACAGAGUGAUUGCUUCAGCUCGGGGGACCUAACAUACCUAAGGCUAGAGCUAGAGGAGUCUACCACCAUAUCACACUUAGGAUUUCUUUAUUCACUAUUUAAUAAUGCCAUGCAUUUUUUUUUUAAAGAUUAGAAUGUUUGUUUGAAGCAUCUGUUUACAUUCCAUACUCUAAUAAAAUCAUAUUGGUAUUGGUAGUAGGUCCUAUCUUUAAAUAUAGAUUCUAUUUUUAUGGUUUGGUUGGUUGAAACUUAAAAUGCAAAUGAAAUUCUUCUUGUAGAGUUGAAUUUAUGGAUUAAGAUCCUAAAGCCAGGAAAUACAUUCAGUUAAGGUUCUCAUACUAAUACUGCCUACCUGCAUUGCACAUUCUGUAUCUUGAUAUGUACAUUUGUUCUACCUGAAAAUCAAAAAUAUGUGAAUUGUCAGCCAAACCUGUAUCAGUAUGUCAGGCAGCAAAACUCAGUGUUUUGGAUUAUCACAUGCCUUCAAAAUGCCCUUAAGGCAGCCUGAAGUAUUGAUUAUCAGGGAGAUGUGCCACUGUGUCUUUCUUGUAUCCCAGCCCCCAAGCCCAUUCUUCUUUGAAUUUAUGUAUUUGGUACAGGGUCUCACUAUGCAGCUCGGACUUGUAGUGAUCCUCCUGUUUUCAGCCUCCC